GAGCGGAAAAAAAAAGAGGGGAGGGUCGCGAUAGCGCGCGCGCCUGUGUGUGUAGCUGAGGAGGACGAGUGUGCUUGGACCGCCACCAUUGGUGACCACCCGGACCCAUGAUUCCCAUAUGCCCGGUAGUUUCUUUCACCUAUGUGCCCAGCCGGCUGGGGGAAGAUGCCAAAAUGGCCACCGGCAACUACUUCGGAUUCACCCACACCGGGGCUGCUGCCCAGUAUAGCCAGCAGCCAGCUUCAGGUGUAGCCUAUUCCCAUCCGACAACAGUUGCCAGCUAUACUGUUCAUCAGGCGCCAGUAGCUGCACACACAGUCACUGCUGCCUAUGCCCCAGCAGCCGCAACAGUUGCAGUAGCCAGGCCUGCUCCAGUGGCUGUUGCAGCUGCUGCAACAGCUGCAGCCUAUGGAGGCUACCCUACAGCACAUACGGCAACAGAUUACGGAUAUACACAGAGGCAACAAGAAGCUCCCCCACCGCCACCUCCAGUCACUACUCAAAACUACCAGGACUCCUACUCAUAUGUUAGAUCCACUGCUCCAGCUGUGGCUUAUGACAGCAAGCAAUAUUAUCAACAACCCACGGCCACGGCAGCUGCAGUGGCAGCUGCUGCCCAGCCACAACCUUCUGUAGCUGAAUCGUACUACCAGACAGCUCCAAAAGCUGGCUACAGUCAAGGAGCAACUCAGUAUACUCAAGCCCAGCAAACCCGACAGGUGACUGCCAUAAAGCCGGCCACUCCAAGCCCAGCUACCACAACCUUCUCCAUAUAUCCUGUAUCUUCCACUGUGCAACCAGUUGCUGCUGCUGCUACUGUUGUCCCCUCAUAUACCCAGAGUGCCACGUACAGUACAACUGCAGUUACUUACUCUGGUACCUCUUACUCUGGCUAUGAGGCUGCAGUCUAUUCAGCUGCAUCAUCUUAUUACCAGCAGCAGCAACAGCAGCAGAAACAGGCAGCGGCGGCAGCAGCAGCUGCUGCUGCCACAGCCGCUUGGACGGGAACCACCUUCACUAAGAAGGCACCAUUCCAAAACAAACAGUUGAAACCAAAACAACCUCCCAAACCGCCCCAGAUCCAUUAUUGUGACGUUUGUAAGAUCAGCUGUGCUGGACCACAGACUUACAAGGAACAUCUGGAAGGACAGAAACAUAAAAAGAAAGAAGCUGCACUGAAAGCAUCACAGAAUACCACCAGCAACAAUUCGUCUGCUCGUGGAACUCAAAACCAGUUGCGCUGUGAACUUUGUGAUGUGUCUUGCACUGGAGCUGAUGCCUACGCUGCUCAUAUUCGUGGAGCUAAGCAUCAGAAAGUGGUUAAGCUGCACACUAAGCUUGGAAAACCCAUUCCUUCAACUGAACCAAAUGUUGUUACCCAGGCGACAUCUUCAACAUCUGCUUCUGCUUCCAAACCAACAGCAGCCUCUUCAAAUAUUGUAACUAGCAGCAGUGCUGUGAAUUCUUCCAUUGCAUCUUCUGCAGUGAAAAUUCUCACUCCCUCUGCCAAUGUCUUGCUUAAUGCGACAUCCAACAAGUCAACAAUAGUUCCAGCGAAUGUUGCUGUAAAGAAAAUAUCGACACCCAAGAUUAAUUUCGUUGGUGGCAAUAAGCUACAGACUACAGGAAGCAAAGUGGAUGAAUUAAAAGUAGUGGAAAAUGCCAAAACGGCUCCUUCUGUUACUACAGUGCAGACACAAGAAAUCAAACCAGAUACAUCUGCUGAACCUGUAACACCUACAUCUCUUGCUGCUUUGCAAAGUGAUGUCCAACCAGUGGGUCAUGACUAUGUGGAAGAGGUGCGGAAUGACGAAGGGAAGGUGAUUCGUUUCCACUGCAAGCUUUGUGAAUGCAGCUUUAAUGAUCCUAAUGCCAAGGAGAUGCACUUAAAAGGAAGACGACACAGACUCCAGUAUAAGAAAAAAGUAAACCCUGACUUGCAAGUAGAAGUAAAGCCUAGUAUCCGGGCAAGGAAGAUACAAGAAGAAAAGAUGAGAAAACAGAUGCAAAAAGAAGAAUAUUGGAGAAGGCGUGAAGAAGAGGAGCGAUGGAGGCUGGAAAUAAGACGCUAUGAGGAAGACAUGUACUGGAGGAGGAUGGAAGAAGAACAGCAUCACUGGGAUGACCGGCGCAGGAUACCUGAUGGGGGGUAUCCUCAUGGCCCCCCAGGCCCCCUUGGGCUACUUGGUGUUAGACCAGGGAUGCCACCACAGCCCCAGGGACCAGCACCUCUUCGCCGGCCAGAUUCAUCAGAUGACCGUUAUGUGAUGACCAAACAUGCAGCUAUUUAUCCAACGGAGGAGGAACUCCAAGCGGUUCAAAAAAUAGUGUCUAUCACCGAGCGUGCACUAAAACUGGUGUCUGAUAGUAUGACUGACAAUGACAAAGCCAAAGGAGAUGAUAAAAAAGAAGGCACUAAAGACAGAGCUUUGAAAGGAGUCUUACGAGUGGGAGUGUUGGCAAAGGGCUUGCUUCUCCGAGGAGACCGGAAUGUCAAUCUUGUCUUGCUGUGCGCUGAGAAGCCAUCUAAGGCGUUGCUGAGUAGUAUUGCCGAAAGUCUUCCCAAGCAACUUGCUGUAAUAAGCCCUGAGAAAUAUGAAAUAAAAUGUGCAUUACAAGAAGCAGCAAUCAUUUUGAAUUCAUGUGUGGAACCGAAAAUGCAAGUGACCAUCACGCUGACAUCACCUGUGAUCCGGGAAGAAAACAUGAGGGAUGGAGAUGUAACCUCGGGUAUGGUGAAAGACCCACCGGACGUCUUGGACAGGCAAAAAUGCCUUGACGCUCUGGCUGCUCUACGCCACGCUAAGUGGUUCCAGGCUAGAGCUAAUGGUCUGCAGUCGUGUGUCAUUAUCAUACGUAUUCUCCGUGACCUCUGUCAGCGAGUUCCCACUUGGUCUGACUUUCCAAGCUGGGCAAUGGAAUUAUUAGUAGAAAAGGCAAUUAGCAGUGCGACUGGACCACAGAGCCCCGGGGAUGCACUAAGAAGAGUGUUUGAAUGUAUAUCUUCAGGAAUUAUCCUUAAAGGAGGUCCUGGUCUUCUGGACCCCUGCGAAAAAGAUCCUUUUGACACCCUUGCUUUAAUGACAGACCAACAGCGAGAAGAUAUUACUUCAAGUGCACAGUUUGCACUACGACUCCUUGCAUUCCGUCAGAUACACAAAGUUCUAGGAAUGGAUCCUUUGCCUCAGAUGAACCAGCGUUUCAAUAUCCACAACAAUCGCAAAAGGAGACGGGACAGUGAUGGAGUUGAUGGAUUUGAAGCUGAGGGGAAAAAAGACAAGAAAGACUAUGAUAACUUUUAGGGUGUUUUUUUUUUCUCCAAAUGCAGAUUCAGUGUUAAUGCAAAAAGUGGUAACUGAGGCCAUUUGUUGUUAGAUUUUUUUCUUAAUGUCUCUUUAAAGCAUCCAAAAAGUUAGAAAAAUUACUUUUGUGUGGCAUUCACACAGUUUUUCAAGGAUGUGCAGAUUGAUGAUGGAUGAAAAGAGAUCACAAAUGGAAACUCUAUUCUGAUUUUUAAUUAGGCUAACUCUUAUUUCUUAAGUUCUGAUAUUAAUAACUCCUAUUUUCUGUUUUUUACGUUAAAGAUCCCGACUGUAUUUAAUACAGCAUUUUCUGCUUCAGUUGCUUUGUGUAUUUUGCUAUUUUAUUUAGAAUUUUCAGUUAUUUUUGAUGCUAGCUGUAAGUUGCUAUGUAGAAAUACAUUUCCCCUUUGCUUAAUAUUUUAUAGCAGAACACUUCUUUUGUAAAGUGAAGCCGCAGGAUUAUUUCUUCUAAAUACGAAGCGUUAACACACUCUUAUUCUGCUAUUUAAGUGCUCUCAAUUCAAUGUUUCUGCCAAUUCCGUGGCAUUUGUCUCUUUAGUGAUAUAAUGGUGUAAUUAAAGCAGAUUUGUGUUACUCUAAUCAGGUUUGUUGUUAGUUACGCUUUAGCAGUAUAAAUGCUAAAUGUAUACAAUAUGGACUCGCAGCAAUUUUAGCAACUGCAUAAUUGCAUGACUUUGUUUUUAAUAGAAGGGCUUUUAAAAAGUAUCGUUUUAGUUUCAUGCCUAGGUCUUUGUAUGAUCGACUUCGACAUAGCAAGGCCAAAAAAUAACUUUCUGAAAUUUUGCUUACAAUGAAAGUUACUAGGGCAUUUUUCCAAUUUGAAGAGAGUUGGCUAAUGAUUUUCACAUAGCAUUGUCAGUGUUAGCUCUUAAUUAAAUAAAAGUUUGCCAUAUCAGUGCCUGUGAGAUUACUGCAUUAGCUAUUCCUGUACUAAAUUGUUCAGUGACAAAAGAGAUAACUAUAUUUCUGGCAAACUGAAGGCUAUCAGACAAAAUCCCAGAAAAUUAUUUGUGGCCAUAGUGUAUGCUUAUGUCUCUUUCAAACAGCUAAAUAUUAUAGCAGUGGUGUAAUUCAGGUUUACAUCUGUUUGUUGAUGUAUGCUCUGGUACACAGGUGUGAUUUGUUACAGCACUACAGUGGAAUACACAAAUAAAAACUAAAACCUGUUAA